UAAGGUUUAAGACGCCUCCCUCUCUCUCAUUCUCUCUGCCUUAGCUUCAUUCUAAGGCAGAGAGAUCUAUCUCUGCCUCUUAAAAAGGUUUUUCAAAAUGGUAUUUCAGGAUUUUGAUAAAAUUUCUGAGAGGAGAAGAUUAGAAAGGGAACAGAAAUUUAAAAAGAGGGUUACCAUUGCCGUAAUUACACUUUUCGUCUUGCUUGUUAUAAUUGCUGCUGGAAUUUUUGUCAUUGUUUCUGAUAACACCAAAAACAGCACCAAACAAGAAAAGAAAGCACCUCAAACUCAAGAGUCUGCCAAGCAGGUCGCACAUAUCCAAAGAGUUAUUAAAUCAGUAUGUAAUGCUACUACUUACAAGGAAACUUGCUUAAGCUCCCUCAAGAAAGAAGUGAAAAAGAACCCUUCUGCAGCUCAUCCUAAAGAGAUUCUCAAGUUAGCUAUUGAAGCAACAAAUGAUGAGAUUGAAAAGGUUUUAGAUAAGGCCUCGUCUUUCAAAUUCAAAACCCCUAGAGAGAAAGCAGCAUUUGAUGAUUGUAUAGAGCUAAUUGAGAAUGCUAAACAAGAGCUGAACGAUUCUAUUUCCCAUGCUCGUGUUGAUGUAAGGAAGCUUACGAAAAAUGAACCCGAGUUGAACAAUUGGCUAAGUGCUGUGAUGUCUUACCAACAAACUUGUAUUGAUGGAUUCCCCGAAGGGAAAUUGAAGUCUGAUAUGGAAAAAACCUUUAAGGCUGCCAAGGAACUUACCAGCAAUUCCCUUGCCAUGGUCUCUGCAUUGACCUCAUUACUUCAAUCAUUUCAGAUUUCAAAAUCUAAUCGUCGCCUUCUGGCAAAGGAACCCAACUCAUCUUCAAUGGAUAAAGAUGGCCUUCCAAGAUGGAUCAGCCAUGAGGAUCGACGGAUGUUGAAGGGUGCUGCGCGCGCGGAUGCUGGUAAGCCAAAACCAAAUGCUGUCGUGGCCAAGGAUGGUAGCGGAGAUUUUAAAACUAUAGCUGCUGCUUUGGCAGCCAUGCCGGCAAAAUACGAAGGACGGUAUGUGAUCUAUGUUAAAGCAGGAGUUUAUGAUGAAACCGUGACAGUGACAAAGAAGAUGGUGAAUGUCACUAUCUUUGGAGAUGGAUCACAGAAGACUAUUGUCACUGGGAGCAAAAAUUAUGCAGAUGGAGUUCAGACUUUUAGAACUGCAACUUUUGUCGCUUUAGGAGAAGGGUUUAUGGCCCAAGCAAUAGGAUUCAGAAACACUGCAGGUCCACAGAAGCAUCAGGCAGUGGCCGUCAGAGUCCAAGCAGAUCGUACAAUAUUCCUUAACUGCCGCUUUGAGGGCUACCAAGAUACCUUAUACGUACAAGCUCACCGCCAAUAUUACAGAAGCUGCGUCGUUGUUGGAACUAUUGAUUUCAUCUUUGGCGAUGCAUCAGCUAUCUUACAGAACUGCCUAAUUCUAGUCAGGAAACCCGUGGAAAACCAACAGAAUAUCGUUACAGCCCAGGGUAGGAUUGACCCACACGAAACUACAGGAAUCGUGCUUCAGAAUUGUCGCAUUGAGCCACACAAGGACCUUGUUCCUGCUAAGGCAAAGGUGAAGAGUUACCUUGGAAGACCCUGGAAAGAGUAUUCAAGAACCAUUAUAAUGGAAUCGACAAUCGAAGACUUGAUUCACCCUGAUGGGUGGCUACCAUGGGAAGGAGAUAAAGGAUUGAAGACUCUGUACUAUGCAGAGUUCAACAACAAAGGACCUGGUUCAAAAACUAAAGCUAGGGUAAAGUGGCAAGGGUAUCAUGUGAUUAGUAAAGAAGAGGCCAAAAAGUAUACUGUACAGCCCUUCCUGCAAGGAGAUUGGAUUACUGAUAUGGGGGCUCCUGUUCACUUUGGCUUAUAUUAGUUAAAACAUUCUUUUUCCAUUCUACUUUAUUUAUAUCGAAAAGACGAACAGGUCUUUUAGAUCACUGCAAUGGGAGCUCCUUUUCUUGAAAUUAAAUUUAAGAAGAGAGGCCAAAAAUUGAAGACUUGAUGUGUAUGGAGAAGAAGGCUUUCAACAUUUCAGGUGUUUGAUUUCAUUUAGCAUUAAAAAUACGGCUAUAUGAUUAAUGCGUUGUUGUUCUUCAAUCUCUUAAACCAAAAUAUUACCAAUUUUUCUUUUAGCUUCAUGUAAGGGGGAAGAUUUUGUGUUAGACAUAGUAAUAGUUCCUCUCUCUUCUUCAAUUAUGUGUUAUUUUCGUCCCUCUUUUUCAAUUGAUAAUCACUUAUAUGUUUAUUUUUA